CGCAGACUUGUAUAACUUUAAAAUGUCGCGCAUCACUUCACAUCUGCCUCUCUGGUCAACUUACAUCGCGCUCUUAUUAUUUACAUUAAUUUUAACAUCGAUGACGUUGCAACAAGUGGGUGCCAGUCCUCUCCCAGAUUUAAUAAAUAAUCAUGAGAAUUCGACAGAAAUUUCGACGGACAUCACGACCAAUAUGACCGACGUAUACGUGAUAAAAGCUAUAGUUUACGAAAUUGGAAUUCUUGCGGAUGAAGAUAAUACAACGAUCAGCGAAAGCACCGAAGGACAAGAAAAAAUCAACAUAUCAUGGUAUAAUUUACCGCAGGAAGAUGAAUUCUCCUAAUCUUAACAAACUUUUUUUUUAUCGGAGCGAGUACGACAGAAUACGGGGUAUUCUAUCAUACAUCUAAACGCAUUUAUGGAUCCAGAGCAAAAAAUAAAGUGUGAAACAUAAAGACUGUGCAUACACGACUCGGGAUAGAAGUAUAGUAAAUUAUUAAUUAUAUAUCGUAUAAAAUAUAGAACGUAAAGAAAACGCAGAAUGCGAUGUACGUAAUUUAUAAAUUUCGAUAUUAAACUAGUAAUGCUGUGA